AUGUCCGACUCUUCCUCGUCUGCAGCCCCCAAGCGCCCCGCCUCUCCCCUUCCAGAGCCCGCGGUUAAGCGCGAGCGCCGUGAAGAACCGUUCCCCUCUUCCCCCAAGGCCGCCGCCAACGAGACCAAGGGCGCCGCCGCCGACAACGACAAGAUGGAGGACACCAACAUGGACAGCGCCAGCGAGCCUGGACCUUCCUCCGUCGCCUCCAUCACGGCUCUUCCCACCACCAUCCCCUCGACCCCAGCCAAGCCCUCCGACCCCCCCGCGCAGCAGAUUUCUAUGCGUGCCUUGAUUGUGACCCAGGAUGCCUCUGUCAUUAUCGGCCGCUCUGGCGCGCACGUCAACGAGAUUAGGGACAAGUCUGGUGCCCGUGUGACUAUUUCCGAGUCAAUCCCAGGCAACCCGGAGAGGAUACUCAACGUCUUUGGUCCUCUCGAUGCCGUCAGCAAGGCUUUCGGCCUCAUCGUCCGCCGCAUCAAUGACGAGCCCUUCGACGUCGCCUCGGUCCCGGGAUCGCGAGCCGUUACGAUCAAGUUUAUCAUCCCCAACUCGCGCAUGGGCAGCGUCAUCGGCAGGGGUGGUGCCAAGAUCAAGGAGAUCCAGGACGCCUCUGGCGCCCGUCUCAACGCGAGCGAAGUCAUGCUCCCCGGAUCGACUGAGCGCGUCCUUUCCGUCUCUGGUGUCGCCGACGCCAUCCACAUCGCCGUCUACUACAUCGGCACUAUCCUCCUCGAGUACCAGGAGCGCAACCCGGGCCCCUCCAGCGGAGCCGGCGCGUACCGCCAACAGGCCUCGGCUCCCUACCCCGGUGGUGGUGGUGGUGGUGGUGGCGGCGGCGGUGGUGGUGGUGGUGGCCCCAGUGCUGGUGCGCCCGGUGGUGGUGGUGGUGGUGCGCCCCCUCCCCCGGCUGCCCCCGGCACCAGCACUCAGCAGAUCUUCAUCCCCAACUCGCUGGUUGGAGCUAUUAUCGGCAAGGCUGGCGUCAAGAUCAACGAGAUUCGUGCCCAGUCCCAGUGCCAGAUCCGUGUGACCGAGCCCGGCACCGCUCCCGGCCCCGGGCAGGUCGCCAACCCCGACGAGCGUCUCGUCACCAUCACUGGCCAGCCCGGCAACAUCAACGUCGCUGUCCAGAUGCUGUACCACCGUCUCGAGUCGGAGAAGGCGAAGGCUGCGGGCGGCGAGCCCAUGCAGCACAUGUAG